CGGUGGCUUGAUAUAUAAGCGUCUGUACGACCAUGUAAGACAACAAAAUUGUGGUCACAUGAUCGCAAGAUGGAGGACGUACCGCCGGUGUCAGAUGUUCCGCAACAAAAACAAAAAAGAUAUGAUGAUAUCAAAAAUACAUUUCUCAAGAAGUUUGGAAGUCCCCCAGAAUUUUUUGCAAGAGCCUCUGGCAGAGUAAAUAUUAUAGGAGAGCAUAUAGAUUACUGCGGCUAUUCCGUGUUGCCCAUGGCGAUAGAACAGGACAUCAUUGUUGCGGUGUCACAUAGCAGCACCUCGGACAAGGUCAUUCUCGCGAACAUGAAUUCUUCUUAUCAAGACUUCGAGUGUAAUAUAAAAGACUUAACUAUCAGUAAGUCUGACCCAAAGUGGUUUAAUUACUUUCUGUGUGGAGUAAAGGGAAUUCUGGAGUACGCCAAGCCCAACGCACUCCGAGGAAUGACUUGUAUGGUCAGUGGAAACAUUCCGCCCAGUUCGGGACUGUCCAGUUCCAGUGCUCUGGUCUGCUGCGCUGCUUUGGCCACGAUGCAUGCCCACGGCUACUCCAUAUCUAAGAAAGAGUUGUCUGGCAUCUGCGCUCAGUGUGAACGUCACAUCGGCACCGAGGGUGGCGGGAUGGACCAGGCCAUAGCUUUCAUGGCACAGGAAGGAACAGCAAAGCACAUAGAGUUUUCUCCCUUGCGUUCCACUAACGUACGGCUCCCAGCGGGUGCAGCAUUUGUUAUCACUAGCAGCUGUGUAGAGAUGAAUAAAGCCGCCACUUCACACUUCAACAUCCGUGUGAUUGAAUGUCGCCUAGCAGCUCAGAUUAUUGCCAAAACUAAAGGGUUGAACUGGCGAGAUUACAAACGUUUUGGUGAUGUACAAAGUGCUCUUGGUCUGAGUCUGGAGGAAGCUUUAGCUAUUGUAGAGGAGACCUUUCACAAGGAGCCUUACACAAAGGAGGAGCUGUGUGGACUUCUGGAGGUAACUCCGGAACAACUAGCUGAUACCACCCUAAGUGCCAAUACACUUACAGUGCAGUCUUUCAAGCUGUAUGAUAGAGCCACCCAUGUGUUCAGUGAAGCGAGUCGUGUCCUACAAUUCAAGGGUAUCUGUGACGAGAAUCCAGGCGAUGCUCUCCAGCGUCUUGGCACUCUAAUGAACGCCAGCCAUGCCAGCUGUCGGGACCUAUACGAGUGUAGCUGUACAGAUUUAGACAAACUAGUCAACAUUUGUGUAGAAUCCGGUGCUCUUGGGUCACGCCUGACUGGUGCCGGAUGGGGAGGCUGUGCCGUUUCCAUGGUACCUAUGGAUCAGGUGGAACAGUUCCUAACAAAGGUCAAGGAAAAAUAUUAUGCAAAUGAGCCUUCUAGAGCUGCCAACGUCUCGACUGCUGUAUUUGCCACACAGCCUGGAGGGGGUGCGGCCAUUUAUAAGGUUUAGAUCAGCGAGGGGUUUCUUAGUCAAUGUAUAUGAGAUUUGUUAUUGGAACUUUAGAGAUUCACUGUCUCUUGCUUAAGAUACUAAAAAAAAAUACAUCUAACAUGUUGAAUAGGAUUUGUAAAAGAAUUUUAUAUGGUUUCCUCUCUGUUGCAUUUUCUUUAUAAGUAUUUUUUUUAUCUCUAUAUAUGCAAUUGGAUAUUACACAAAUGAUACUUUCUAAGUGUGAAUUAUCAUAUAAGACAAGCAGGAAUGGUGCUACAUUGUUAUUUUGUAGUCAUAAUUUUCAAUAAUUAUAAGUGCAAUAUUUUCACUUUGUACUAUCGUAUCUUGCUUACCUUGUCAACCUCUUCUGAGGAAAAUGUCCCUGUUAACGUAAAUAUGGAUAAAUGACAUUUUCGUUUUCAUGACCUGACUUUUGUUCGUGUUUGAUUAUGUAACUUUUGUCUCAUCAGUCUGUUGUUGUAAGUGCCAUAUUGAAGGGGGUCGGUUUAUUGGAUGUAGAGACAUGUAUGGUUUGGAUGCCGGUACAUUGUUAAGUGGAUGUAGAUACAUGUAUAGUUUGGAUGCCGGUACAAUGGUAAGUGGGUGGAGAUACAUGUAUGGAUUGGAUGCCGGUACAAUGGUAAGUGGAUGUAGAUAUAUGUAUAGUUUGGAUGCCGGUACAAUGGUAAGUGGAUGUAGAUAUAUGUAUAGUUUGGAUGCCGGUACAAUGGUAAGUGGAUGUAGAUACAUGUAUGGUUUGGAUGCCGGUACAAUGUUAAGUGGAUGUAGAUACAUGUAUAGUUUGGAUGCCGGUACAAUGGUAAGUGGAUGUAGAUAUAUGUAUAGUUUGGAUGCCGGUACAAUGUUAAGUGGAUGUAGAUACAUGUAUGGUUUGGAUGCCGGUACAAUGGUAAGUGGGGGGAGAUACAUGUAUAGUUUGGAUGCCGGUACAAUGUUAAGUGGAUGUAGAUACAUGUAUAGUUUGGAUUCCGGUACAAUGGUAAGUGGAUGUAGAUAUAUGUAUAG